GGGCCUUCUUUGUCGCCACCACUGGCGGGACAACAACUAUUUCAACAUCAAAACUCCCCUCGCACGUGUUUAUUUCUGGGGAAUGGCUAAAAAAAAUAUCACCGCUCCACCGGGAUAACGUACACCAUCUCCUGGAGUUUUGUUGUUUCAACACUUGGGUAUUUCUCGGAUCGAGGGGUCAUGGAUGGCCGCCAAGACGCCACUCCGGGGACUCACUAAACACUUUGUUUUUUUUUUUGACAACCGGAAAAUUUAUUGACACUCUCUACAAUUGAUUUGAUUCAGUCAUGCAAGAGGUUAUUGAGGAGAGCCACGAUGAAUUGCAAAGCCAGUCCCAGAGUCAGGAGGGACAGGAGCAGAUGGAGCAGCAGGUGUCACCGCCUCAAAUCAGAUUUCUCACUGCCAAUGUACUUCAGCAGCUUCAGGCGCAGCAGCAACAGGCUGCACAGAGUCAGCAUGAUCAGAUACAGCACCAUGGGCAGCCCCAGGUUAUUACCCUCCAGCAGCUACAGAAUUUUGUACCAAUGGCUCAGCAGCAGCAGCACGAUCAGCAGAGAACGCAGACUAUCACGGUCCAGGGAAUUCCUCAGCAAUUUCUUCAGAGCUCCCCAAUUGCAAGUAAUCAGUCUCAGCCCCAGCAGCAGCAGCAGGUGACCCAACAGACCCAAGGUCAACCCCAGCCCCAGCAAACAGCAUCUCAACCCCAGCAGCUGAGCUACAGCGUUAUACCCCAGAUGCAGACAGUGAAUAUCGAUGGCCAGGAGGCUCUCUUCAUUCCCUCAUCAGCAAUGUCAGCUGUUGGUGGACAUCAUCAGUCCCAACCAAUGCAAUUCACCAGUGCAAGUGGUCAACAGGUGCAACUGGGCUCACAGCAGGUUCAACUGGCCAAUGGCCAGACCAUAAUAACACCCCAGCCAGUCUCCCUCAUCAGGUCCCCCAGUGUCUUCCCCACGUCCAUUAUUCAGAAUAUCGGUGGGCAAACUGUACAGUUACCAACAGACUCCAAGGCAACUCUUGAUGUUCCAGGGCAAAGUGUUCAAGUCAGGCCUCUACAGUUCCCCAUGCAGCAUGUCCAGCAGACUGUACCUGUUCAGGUGCCAGUUACUGCUAAUAAUGGACAGACUAUCUAUCAGACUGUUCAUUUUCCCAUUCAAGCGCUGUCCAAUGUUUUUAAUAUGGGAGCUGCACAGAUGAUACCACAAAUAGCGCAGCAGAUACCGCAGAUGGCGCAGAUUAUCACUCCCAAUGGGCAGAUUCAACAGGUCCAAAUAGCGAAUUUGCCCCAGCUGCAGGGGUUACAGAGCCAACAGGUAGCCCAACAGCAGCAAGCCCACGCUCAGGCCCAGGCCCAGGCUCAGGCUCAUGCCCAGGCCCAAGCCCAAGCGCAAGCCCAGGCACAGGCACAGGCUCAAGCACAGGCCCAGGCUCAAGCCCAGGCGCAGGCACAAGCACAGGCCCAGGCACAGGCACAGGCACAAGUCCAGGCCCAACAGGCAGCUGUGGCUUCAACUCCAACGUCAAGCACCACCUGGACAACAUCCGCCUCGAUCUCAGCCCCCAGCAAUGUCCAGGUUGUGGGACUGGGUUCAUUGGGACGUCCUCUCACAUCGAUAACAACGAAGGAAGGCCAGAAAAUAGAGGUUUCUAAUAUGACAACACCAGCUGAUUCAGAGAGAGAAAUCAAGCUGACGAGUAUCGAUGCUAAUCAGCUGGCAGCAGGUCAAGUGAUUCACAUCCCCGCUGCCCAGCCAACUCAGCAGUCAAUCCAACCAAUAACGAUAGCUGGUGCACAGGGCCAGCAGUUGACCCUGAUAUCAGCAUCAGCGCUGACAAAUAUCACUGCACAACAGGGAGGAAUGAUGAGAGGUCUCAACGUGGGUAACGGAGGUAUAAUGCAACUCCAGCCUGGCAAUCCCAAUGGAUUUCUCCAGUCAAUUCCCGUUCAAAAUAUUCCUGGACUUGGUAAUGUCCAGGUAAUUCCAGCUAGUGCACUUCAACCUGCUGUACAGGCACUUCCCACUGCCACUGGCAAUCAAAUUGUUGCCCCAGCUGUUCAUCUCGACUCUGGUGAUCCCACAAAGUGGCAGAUACUCCAGACUAUUCAGGCUAAUGGGGCUAUUGCACCACAGCCACCACAGCAGGCGCAACAACCACAGCCACAGCAGCUACAGCCUCAAACAAAUCCAACGAAUACUACGAGCAUAGAGGAUGGAGCUAAGCAGCACAGGAGACGUGUUGCUUGUAAUUGUCCCAAUUGCAGUGAUGGAGAGAGAAGCAGGGAUAUGACACACAAGAGGCAGCACGUUUGCCAUAUUGCUGGGUGCAAUAAAGUUUAUGGAAAGACGAGUCAUUUGAGGGCACAUCUUAGGUGGCACACUGGAGAGAGACCUUUUGUAUGCAGUUGGAUAUUCUGUGGAAAAAAAUUCACGCGGUCUGAUGAACUCCAGAGACACAGGAGGACUCACACUGGGGAGAAGAGGUUCCAGUGUCCCGAGUGUACCAAAAAAUUCAUGAGAUCUGAUCAUCUCACCAAACACAUUAAAACACACACCAAGAUCAGGAGUACUGAAGCAGCAACAUCGACCCAGGAAGGCUCGUCAGAUAGUCAAUCAUCGACAGACGACAAGAUAAUAAUAGCCCUCCACAAAGAGACUGAACAAACAGAGAUGAUCCUGCCCGAUGGAAUGGAGGGAAUGGAGAGUGAAACACCGACACACGUCACCAACGAGUGAAGGACCUUUAGAUAAUUCGUACCCUCUGAUCAAAAAAGAUAAAUAUCCUAGAAUGACUGGAAUUGAUUAUCUCUCACGUCCUUCUGCUCGCUCUUGCUGAUCAAUGAACCAUACAGGGAAUCCUUAUUAUAUAUUUUUCUAUAAUGUAUAGUUAAAGAAAUAAAACCCCACACUGUAAAUAUGUACAUGAAAUGUAAAAAAAAA